UCUUUCUAGUUGGGCCCGGGACAUUAUAAAGUUAGGUCAUUCUUCUUUAAAGUUUUAAGUUUUAUAUAGUUUUUAGUAAAAAUGUGCCUAAAUUGAUUUUAUACUUAGAUUUAUACUAAAACGUGUUUAUUUUAAUGACUGAAGAUCAAUUAAAUUUUAUACUGAAAUAAUUUUUAAUUUUAGCAUGGCGUCAACAAAUUUUUUAACGGCAAAAUCACGCUUAUCAGAAUUUAAGAAUAGUUCUGAUAAAGACACCAUAAGUGAAGCAUCCGAGAGUGGAACAAGUAAUUCCGUGACGUCAGCAGAAGACUUACAGAAGUUAGCAGUAAUACUCGGAUUGAAUAGCGUCGAGGAUGUAUAUCAAGAAAGAUUCCGCGUUGACCGGCGCCGAUUGGAAGCUAUGCUUGCUGAAAACUUGGAAGAAUCCCAAACUGCACAAGCCUUUUUUCAUAGGGUCAUGAAUGAAACAAACACGCUUAUAAACUGGCCCGCGCGACUGAAAAUUGGAGCCCGCUCAAAAAAAGAUCCUCAUGUACGUAUCGCAGGCAGGCCUGAUGAUGUACGACUGGCACGGGAGAAGAUUAUGCAGCUACUGGACACCAGGAGUAACCGUGUCACCAUGAAGAUAGACGUGAGCUACACAGAUCACUCGCACAUCAUUGGCAAGGGCGGACAGACGAUCAAGCGUGUGAUGGAGGAGACAGGGUGUCACAUCCAUUUCCCGGACUCCAACCGUACCAGUGCCCAGGAGAAGAGCAACCAAGUGUCCAUCGCUGGCGAAAUGGACCGCGUGGAACGCGCUAGAGCUCGCGUGCGGGCGUUGACUCCUCUGGUGUUCUGCUUCGAGCUACCGAUCACAACGCAGUCGCAGCCCGACAUCAACGCGCCCUACGUGCAGCAGAUACAGGAGCAGUACAAAGUGCAGGUGAUGCUGCGAAACCGUCCUAAGCUGCACGCCAACUUGCUGGUAGUGAAGGGGGUGCAGUGGGAGGUGAACGCUACUAUGGAAGCCACCACGCUGCUCAUGAAUUAUAUGUGCGGACAGCUAGCGAGCCAGACCAAAGUCCAAACGACCCUGGAGAUAUCGCCAAUGCACCACCCAGUGGUGAUCGGUCGCGGCGCGGAGCAACUCAAGCUCAUUAUGAACGGAACCCAUACUCAGAUUAUGUUCCCUGACGCGGAAGACCCUAAUAUACCGACCCUGCGCAAGAGCUGUGUCACUAUCACCGGCCAGAUCAACGACGUUUACAAUGCGAGGCAGCAAUUGGUGGGAAGCCUCCCCCUAGUCGUGAUCUUUGACGUGCCAGAAGCCAGUUUCCGUGCGGACGCCAACGAGACUGAGCGUCUGAUGAGCCAGCACAACGUGCUCAUCACUGUGCGUCCCAAGCCCAAGCAGGGCAUCACUUCCGUCGUCAUCAAGGGCAUCGAGAGAUGCGCUGGUAAGGCAUAUCCUAUACUUGCGCUGCAAGCGAGCUGCCGUGCGGAUGGCGAUGAGACUGAGCGUCUGAUGAGCCAGCACAACGUGCUCAUCACUGUGCGUCCCAAGCCCAAGCAGGGCAUCACUUCCGUCGUCAUCAAGGGCAUCGAGAGAUGCGCUGGUAAGGCAUAUCCUAUACUUGCGCUGCAAGCGAGCUGCCGUGCGGAUGGCGAUGAGACUGAGCGUCUGAUGAGCCAGCACAACGUGCUCAUCACUGUGCGUCCCAAGCCCAAGCAGGGCAUCACUUCCGUCGUCAUCAAGGGCAUCGAGAGAUGCGCUGGUAAGGCAUAUCCUAUACUUGCGCUGCAAGCGAGCUGCUGUGCGGAUGGCGAUGAGACUGAGCGUCUGAUGAGCCAGCACAACGUGCUCAUCACUGUGCGUCCCAAGCCCAAGCAGGGCAUCACUUCCGUCGUCAUCAAGGGCAUCGAGAGAUGCGCUGGUAAGGCAUAUCCUAUACUUGCGCUGCAAGCGAGCUGCCGUGCGGAUGGCGAUGAGACUGAGCGUCUGAUGAGCCAGCACAACGUGCUCAUCACUGUGCGUCCCAAGCCCAAGCAGGGCAUCACUUCCGUCGUCAUCAAGGGCAUCGAGAGAUGCGCUGGUAAGGCAUAUCCUAUACUUGCGCUGCAAGCGAGCUGCCGUGCGGAUGGCGAUGAGACUGAGCGUCUGAUGAGCCAGCACAACGUGCUCAUCACUGUGCGUCCCAAGCCCAAGCAGGGCAUCACUUCCGUCGUCAUCAAGGGCAUCGAGAGAUGCGCUGGUAAGGCAUAUCCUAUACUUGCGCUGCAAGCGAGCUGCCGUGCGGAUGGCGAUGAGACUGAGCGUCUGAUGAGCCAGCACAACGUGCUCAUCACUGUGCGUCCCAAGCCCAAGCAGGGCAUCACUUCCGUCGUCAUCAAGGGCAUCGAGAGAUGCGCUGGCGAUAUCUAUGAGGUGCGCCGCGAAUUACUUGGCGGCAGCGAGCCUUCCGUCACCGUGGAAAUCCCCGAAUCCUACAACAUCCCAGCGGGCACCAGGGCUAUGCCAAACUUUAGCCCGUUCAAUCCCUUCUCGCCAACCCCAGUGCCAGUAAACACCUCUCCGCGCUCGCAGUACAACCUCCAACUUCUCACCGACUUGGCCAAUUAUAACCUUGGCAGCCCAAUGUAUGGUCACGGUCCCCCUACUCCUGGUGGUUACCCGGCACCAAUAUCCCCGUUGACUAUGACACCGCCAAUAUUCCCGGGAUGGAUUAUACCGUCGCCACAGCCUCGCCCUGGAGCCUUCCACUUCCCGGGAAUGGCUGCCAACCCGGGACCCAACAUGUACAAGACCCAGGCAUCUUGGAACCAGAUGUCUGGUACCGCUGAUGUGACGUCAUGUGCACAAAUGCCGCAUGACCAGAGACACAUGAGCUCGAGCUCGCAGGCGAGCAGCAGCGGCUACCAGAGCAACUUCACCGGCAGCUCCAUAUCGCUCGACACGCAGAACAUUUCCGGUAACGCCAGCAACGUGGGUUCUCCCUCAGUGUCGCCGAUCAGCAACCACGUCAGCAUCCACAGCCCCACGGCUUCCACCAGCAACAGUUCCACGUCCACGGACGCUGAUCGCACGCAACAAGAUUUGGCGAACAUAAUUUCGGAACUACCGAUAUCGGAUCGUCGCGCUGUUGGCUGCGAGAAGAAAACGUUGGAGACUCUCAAGAUCUCCCCGCCUUCCGAAUACAGAAAGUUGCAGGCCGAAGCCAGUAAGGCCAUGCAGGAGUCUGUAGGAGGCGGGUACCGAGUGCCAAACAACCGCUGGUCGGGAUACUUCUUCAGCCAAACCUCGCCCGGGCCCUUGAACCUGCAAGAGAAUGGAGGCAUGACCACGCCUGAAAGGGGUUGGAAUCGUUCGGAGUUAUCGCGUCCCAAUAUUAUGGUGACUUCGCCUCCACAACGAGCCUCGCCGUCCACGUCGUCUCAUUCGCACACCCCGUCGCCCGCGCAGUCUCACACUCCGUCGCCCGCGCAGUCACAUACGCAGUCGCCCGCGCAGUCGCACACGCAAUCGCCGGCGCAGUCACACACGCAGUCGCCAGCACAGUCGCUCAUGCCGUCGCCACCAAAAAGGAAACCAUGCACCUACCAGAUGCUGUACGAUCUGCUCAGAGACCGCGGCCUCUACAAGUAUAUCGAAUUGUUCAAGAGGCACGAGCUGGACUUGCCCACAUUCGCAUCGCUGAACGAGGGUGACCUCAUCGAGAUUGGAGUGUCUGCCUUCGGUGCGCGCAAGAAGAUGCUGUCAAUCAUGGCUGAACUGAGAAAACAACCGCGCACCUUCGACGCCCCCGCUGCGCCGACCGAAGUGAGACUCCUCAACUCUCCGACGCAGUACAACACUGCUGCGCGUACGCAGGACAACUGGUAGAUCACAGAUCUACGACGUUAAUGUACCUGUAAUACUUAUGAGAUUAACAACCAGUCGAGUAAUGCAAGUAUUUAGUGGCGUAAAAACAUGGAAGCUUCUUCUGAAUCUAGGGCGAUCGGUACAGAGUUAAUCCAAACCAUGAUCUGUCGACUCGUUUAAUCGAAUAAUCGAAUAGCACCGGUGUUAUUAUUUGUCAAAAAUUGUACCUAUAGUCUUUUUGACAGUUAACAACGUCGCGUGACGGACCCAAAAUCUUAGGGAUAGAUUUAGGAUAGAUUGAUCAUAAUAUCAAUAGAUCUAUGAUGGAUGGCGAUCUUUAAUUUUGAUUCGUAAUCAUGAGCUGGAUUGACCCAUGUUAGGUAGGUACUUAUUUCUAGGAGGCCUAAACGAAUAUGAUAGCAAAUCCAGCAAAAAAAAUUGUCGGGCCUCACAAAAUUUCAACUACCUACCUACUUAUUGAUUUUUAAAAAUGAUUUCCGUGCCCUUCGUUCUUACGCCACUACUUGGUGACAAAAAUGAAAUUGCUAAGAGCAUACUUAAAUUAAGUUUAUUAUUCGUACUUAUUUUAUUUUACCCACCUUAUAGGAAAAGC